AUGACAGCAGGCGUAGUAGCAAGUAUCACAGCAGUCACACCCACGGAGCGCAUAAAGACAGCUCUCAUCGACGAUGCUCGUAACGAGAAGCGUUUUAGAUCCGGAUUACACGCGACUCGCGUCAUCUGGCAAGAGCAUGGAAUUCUAGGCUUGUACCGUGGGUUUGCUGGGACAACGCUGAAGCAGGCCUCUGCGACCGCGUUCCGCAUGGGGACGUACAACAUCCUGAAAGACUACGAAAAGAAGAGGGACAUUCAACAAAAUACCCUGAUCAACUUCGCUAACGGUUCUGUUGCCGGUGUUGUGACUACAUUAGCCACCCAGCCCUUCGAUGUCAUAAAGACCAGAAGUCAGUCUGCGCGUGGCGCAAGCACAGUGGAGGCCGUAAAGAGUGUAUUACUAGACUAUGGGAUUCGAGGAUUUUGGAAAGGCACAACAAUGAGAUUGGGUAGAACCGUGUUUAGUGGAGGGAUUUUGUUCACAAGCUACGAGGCUGCGGUGAAGAUAAUUGAGCCACUGUACUCGGGUGCGAAGCACAAAGUGGUUUCAGAAGCUGCAUAG